CGCGGGCUCCGGGACCACUGCGACGGGCGCCGGAGCGAGGCAGCGGCAGGAGCGAGCGGCGCGCGCGGGCGGGGAGCACCGGGUUGGGCGCGGAGCCCGCAGCCUCUGCAGUCGUCGCGCCUGGCCCUCGGCGGGCUGCCUUUCUGGCAUUAGGCUCCAGACAGUUCCUGAACUCUGUGUGUGCUCCCUGUGGGACCUAGAGCACUUUUAAAUUCUCUUAGCAUAGACUGUCCUUUACUCUUCGAUAUCUCAGCCUACCUUGACUGCAGGCAUUUGCAAGUGAAGGCACAGUACAACCCUGGCCUUGGAUUAUUUCUGGUAGAGAAGACUCAGCAGUUCAGCACAUAUCCUCUUGAGUUUUCAAGUCUGGUCCCUCCUUGCUACAUUCUUCACCCUCAGAAGCAGAAGGCCUUUGGGAAAUAGAUUCCUAAAAGUUUAGUGAGCCAGCCAUGAGAGGGUACCUUGUGGCCAUAUUUCUGAGUGCUGUCUUCCUGUAUUACGUGUUGCACUGUAUAUUAUGGGGAACAAAUUCUUAUUGUCCUUUGGCUAGGAAUAGUUUUGAUGACCAUUAAAUGCUAAAUGGAUGACAAUAUAAAGUUAAAUCAAAAUAAAUCACAUGACAGCUGUCUUGUACAAAAGGGUACCACCUGUGGAAAUGAAGCGGAGAAAUAAGAUCCAGCCUUGUUUAUCAAAGCCAGCUUUUGCUUCUCUCUUAAGGUUUCCUCAGUUUCACCCUUUUAUGUGUACAGCUGAUUUUCAAAAGAUUGCUUCCAGUUAUGGUAGCAAUAAGUUGUAUUUACCCUAUGGGAUAAGAGCAUCAGAGGAAUAUUUUCAACUUGCUCUUUCAAAACUUCAGAGUUGUGAUCUCUUUGAUGAGUUUGACAAUGAACCAUGUAAAAGGUGUGUGGUGGUUGGUAAUGGAGGAAUUUUGAAGAACAAGACAUUAGGAGAAAAAAUUGACUCUUAUGAUGUAAUAAUAAGAAUGAAUAAUGGUCCUGUUUUAGGACAUGAAGAGGAAGUUGGGAGAAGGACAACCUUCCGACUUUUUUAUCCAGAAUCUGUUUUUUCAGAUCCCAGUCACAGUGAUCCUAAUGCUACAGCGAUACUCACUGUUUUUAAGCCACUUGACUUAAAGUGGCUGGAGGAAUUGUUAACUGGUGGCAAAAUAAACACUAAUGGUUUUUGGAAGAAACCAGCCUUAAACUUGAUCUAUAAACCUCAUCAAAUCAGAAUAUUAGAUCCUUUCAUUAUCAGGACAGCAGCUUAUGAUCUGCUUCAUUUUCCAAAAGUGUUUCCCAAAAAUCAAAAACCCAAACACCCAACAACAGGAAUGAUUGCCAUCACACUGGCAUUUCAUAUAUGUCACGAAGUUCAUUUAGCUGGUUUUAAAUACAACCUUUCUGAUCUUAAGAGUCCUUUGCAUUACUAUGGAAAUGCCACCAUGUCCUUGAUGAAUAAGAAUGCGUAUCACAAUGUGACUGCAGAGCAGCUCUUUUUGAAGGGCAUUAUAGAAAAAAACUUUGUAAUCAACUUGACAGAAGAUUGACUUUACAAACUCAGAAGAUUAUGCUAACAAUAUUCGUUUUAUUUUUAUACUGGAAUUUUUAGUUUAUUUUUAAAUAUGUUGGAUGGACUUGUCAAAUAAUUAUGUAUAUUAAAUCUGUUGCUGCCUGGUGAUUCAUAACCACCAGCUUAAUUUCUGUGAAUAUAUUUAUGAAAAACAAAAAAAGUUUAGGUAUCAGGGAAAUAAGUUGUGAUUGCUUUGUGUUUUUUAAGUGUUUUAAGUAUUUUUAAAACAUCUUACAGUUAUUUCAUCUUAGAAUUUUCAAAGAAUGUGAUUUCCUAAGCAGGAAGCGUUUACCACAAUUUUGACUAUGAUGUUACAUUUGGAGAAAUAUAUUUUAUUUAAUGUAGACAUAGCAGGUGGGAAGAUGCCAUAUGAUUAUACCUUGAUGUAGCAAACUGUAACCACUUGGCUGUGAAAGUAAUACUGUUUUGUUUCCUCACUCUACAGUUAAUUAAACCAUGAAUGUGAUUAGUAAUAAUUCAGAAGGAGGAAGAUAGUGUUUUUUGUGCUUUCUUUUUUAAGUUAAGGGAAAUACACAAACCAUACAAUUCUAAAUGAGUAAAUAAAUUCAAUUAUUAAAGUC